AUGCAGACAGCAACAAGAGCUAGGGAGUGGGGGGAGCAAGCAUGCGGGCCCCCCGUGGGGAGUUUUCCGGCCCGGUGUCCCCUAUGGAUUUGGCCCCAUAGGGCAAAAACAAAUCCCCAGGAUGGAAAGGGGGCCCUGGAGAAGGCAAAAAAAUAUGCGGGGGGAGGGCAAAGCCGAGGAAAUGGGGCCUUCAAGCACUCUAUGAAACUUUUCCCGGGGCAUCGCAGACUCCAAAAACCCCGGCAUGGGGUGGCGCGGGAGGGGGAAAGCGCACCGCGCGGCAAAGGAGCUUUUUUGGGGUGGAGAGGGCCCACGCUCGAAAGUUUGGCCGAGUUUGGCAGCCUGACUGGAGACAGGGGGCAGGAAAAACCCCAAAAAAACCUCAUAGGGGGGCCCUACGUGGACCUCUUAAAAGGGGGUUUCAGAAUUUGGUAA